UGUUCUGCUCAUAAUCAUCUCACACUUAUCCUAAAUCGAUAGUAUACAGACUUUAAAAUCAUCCUGACAACAGAGAGUGACACAAACACAGCAUGUAUUGAGUUAAAGUUUGUUUCCUUUUCUUACUCAGCAGUAUACUGGCAGCUUAAUAAAAACUGGAUGGAAAAUUUUCCUGCUCACAUGUACCUCAGAUCCUGCCUAGCAGACAGUCCUCUCCUCUCCUCUCUGACCAGAAACUAAAGACACAAUGAUGCAAUUAAGGACUUUAAUUUUCACCUCCGUUAUGCUCCCAUGGAUACUGUCCUCUGCAGCGAAAGAUGAAUACAUGGAAGCAAGAAAUCCUACAACAGACAUUGCAAGCUCUCCAGAUUAUGAAGACCCAGACAGUAGCCCAACAGUACCUCCAAAAGCUGAUGAGAUGCCGACAUGUCUGCUGUGCGUUUGCCUGAGUGGAUCUGUUUACUGUGAGGAUGUGUCCCCCGAAAUGUCAACCGUCCCAGCUCUGCCAAAGGAAACAGCAUACCUCUAUGCACGCUUCAACAAAAUCACAAAAAUAAGCAACAGAGACUUUGAGGACAUGGUCACAUUAAGGAGAAUUGACCUAAGCGUGAAUCUCAUCGCGGAGAUAGAUGACGGAGCUUUUUCAAAGCUUCCCCAUCUUGAGGAGCUCUCUCUGGCAGAAAACAGACUGAUUAAACUUCCCACGCUGCCCACCAAACUAGUAUCAUUCAACGCCAAUUUCAACAGGCUUAGAAGCCCGGGUGUGAAGGCAAAUGCUUUUAAAAAACUCACGAGACUGGCGUAUCUUUACCUUGGAAACAAUGAACUGAAGACGGUGCCCCAUCUUCCAGAGUCUCUUCAGGUUGUGCACCUGCAUAACAACAAGAUCUCAACAAUAACAGAUGAAACAUUCUGCAAAGGUAACACCAGUUACUACAUCCGCCCCAACAUGGCCGAGGUGAGACUGGACGGGAACCCUGUCAAGCUGUCGAAGUACCCUCACAGCUUCAUCUGUCUCCACACUCUCCCUAUCGGGUGGUACAACUGAAAUAACCGAAGCAUGCUUUUGUCAGAGGUAAACCUCUGAGUGGAAGUUGAGUGUAAAAUGAAGGAUGCAGAUACAUAUGUAGUAAAAAUAACAUUUACACUUUGUAAGUUGCAUUUUAUAUUCUUAAAUGUACCAUACAGUAAGAUCUCUUAACAGAAAUAUAAUUACAUUUUUUUUUUGUUAUCAAAGGCUAUUCGCCAGUAUUAAACACAUCUGUGCAAAAUCAUCCAAAGAUGUCUCUAAAAACAAAGAACUUUUGUACUUUUUCUUCUGUUACAAGUUGGCUGAGACAGUUUUGGCUUGGCAGGUGCAGAUGCACUGUUUUCAACACAGACUCUUUGUCAAAAAACAACAUAAGAGCACUGUUGAGACAAUUUCAUUGUUUCAUAUGAUUUCACAACAGUAAUGUUAUUACUGCUAAAGUUUCUUAAACUGAAGAUCAUAUUUACAAUAAAACCUGCAUGUUGGAAGUGAUUUCUCCAUCGACCUUUCACUCUCGACUCCUUAAUAACAUUCAGAGAUUUCAAAUGGUUGUUGUGACCCAGUAACAUGCUACGAAGUCCAUUCCAGACUGUUGGAAACGAGUAAAGGAGUAAAAGUCCAAGAAUGUGUCCUUAGACGACACGUGAAGUACACAUUCGAGACGACCAUCAUUCACUUGGCUGCUGGCUCAUUGUGAACUAUCAAACCAUCUGCUAUCUUCCGCUGAUAUUCCCGCUCAGAUUUCUUUCUUCGAUAGACAUCAU